AUGACUAAUGGUAGGAUACAAUUAGGCAGUAAUAUGGCUACUUCUGCUUCGAAAGAGCAAAAGGUGGUGGCUUCCUUAGCAUUACAUGGAAUGGUACUGCCGACGAUCGAUGAGUUACAGCAAGGACAGAACACCCAUGGAGCCAAAAUAUUACGCGAUGCCUUCGUUAACAUAGAGAGUCAAAUUCCUGGCAUUACGCACCAAUUUCUGAAUGCUAUCAUAGAAUCAGAUAAUUCGAAAACUGAUUUAAACUUUGAACAAUCCAUGUUACGUUAUGCUGUUACUCCUUGUAAAGAAUAUCAACUUGAUCGUCCUGAAAAGGAAUUUGUAAGAUUAUCAAGUAGAUCUACAGCGUUAAAGUCGAUCCUAAGUAGGAUACCUGACGACAUUGGAGAUAGAUCGAAAUUCUUGAACACAAUAAAGAGUAUCGCGUCGGCUAUAAAAGAAAUGUUAGAUGCUUUAAAUGAUGUAUGCAAAAAGCACAAGGACUUUAAAAAGGUAUCCUAG